AUGACGCGGGUCGGGAAGUCUCUCCGUGGCACGGUGUGCCUUUCCGAGCCGCCUCAGGCGCUUUCCACGUCGUCUGCGCUACGCCGAAGGGCGCCUGGGCUGAUUGCCACUAACGGUAGUAGCGCCGACACGACACAGGUUAUCGAGCUCCCGCGUCCUUCUCCCUGGAACUGUGGAAUCGUUCCGCAAACAUCCGCGGCGCGGCGCGCGUCCGCGGCGGAAGCGGGGCUUCCCUCCCCCUCUGCGCAAAACUACUUUCUCUCGCCAGAAACAAAUUCCUCGAAAGAAAACGGAACCAGUAGCGCGUGCAGCAGGGGGGCAAUCACGCGCCGCGCUUCGCUGCCCGCAACUCCCGCGGCCCACGCCGCUCCCUCCGCAGCCGCGUCUGACGGGCCGGUGGAAGUGGUGGAAAUCGGGGGGCGAGCGCGCGCUAUCGGGGAGGUGUAUGCGGUGGAGGCGGUAGCUGCGAUGGGCGUGCAGGAUAGGCAGAGCGGCCGCCUUCUGUGGACCGUCGUGGCCGUGGCGCGCGACGACGCCGCGCCGCCGCUCGAGCGCCGCGCCGGGGAAUGCUAUCUGGCGGGGGGGAUGGAUGGCGGGGAGGACGGGGGGAAAGGGGAGGGGGGAGUGGAAGAGGAGGCGGGAGAGGGGAGGACGGGUGGGAUGGAGAUGGGGUUGAGGAGGGGGGGCGUAGCGGGGAGCGGUGGGGAAGGCGGGGCGCGCCGCUGCGCGUGGUGUUGCGAGAGAUACGGGAGUGGCUCAAGUUCCAGCAGUCGAAUCAAGUCUCCGUGUUCGUCGCGUGCGACGCCACGCCGCUUGCAUCAUAUCGCACCUGAUGCUUCCGCCACUCCUCUUCUCUCCCUUCCCUGCUUCUUUCACCACUUCUCGUUGUUUCCGCCUUCCUUGGACUUCUUCCGUCAAUCCCUUCUUCUUCCCCUUUCCGUUUCCCGUUCCGUUGCCGCCUUCCAACCCCCCUUUUCGCUUCCCGCUUCCGCGUCCUCCUUUCGCUUCCCUAUUCCGGUUCCCGCUUCCGCCAGAGCCGCUAUUCGCGCAGCAUCUGUCGCCACGCGAGGUCUUCUGCGAAACCGACCCCCUGCGCGUGUCCGCCGUGCUGCUGGACGCGCACGCCGCCUGGCGGAGCCUCUGGGGGGAAGCGCGCGCGGGGAGACCGCGGAGCGCCUCUGGCGACGCGGACGCGGGGGGAUGGGGAGGCGCGCGGAAAGGGAGUCCCGCGCAACGGGCGGCGCGGGGGGGAACGCCGUUGAGGGGGCGGUCAGCGGUGGUGGUGGUGGUGGCAGCGGUAGCUCUAGUGGCGUUUCCAUGCACGCAAGCUCGGUUGACUGCACCGAUCGUUACUCCCCCAUUCCUUACUCCGCCCCGCUGCCCGAUUCCCUUCUUCCCCACUCGUGCCCCUUCCCCAACCCCCCCUCGCUCCCCUCCUCCUCCUCUCUCCCCCUGUCCUCCUUCCCCACCUCCUCCUCUCUCCCCCCCUCCUCCUCCCUCCCCCCGUCCUCCUCUCUCCCCCUCUCCUCCUCGCUCUCCUCCGCCUCCUCUCUCCCUGCCGCGUCGUCGUGCAUCAAGAAGGCUGUGUUUGGAAGCUCGCUGCUGGCGGCGUGGGAUAGCGACGAGGGAGAGGAGGGGGAGAAGGAUGAGGAUAUUUAUAAUCAUGAUCACUAUGCUUACGGCCGUAACUAUUCUGCUCAACACGCACCCCAUGCUGCUGCUGCUGCAACUCGUGGCACAUAUGGUGAAUCAGAAUCUUCUGCUGCUGCCGCCGCCAGCGCACGAGCAGACAACAGCAGCGCGCACAACCAGACUGCGCAGGUCAGGCCUGGGAGCAAGGCAGGGCGGAGGCGGGAGGCUGCGGAAGGGCCUGGAGGCGCGGCAGGGUCGGCUGGGGCAGCAGGGGCAGCAGGUGCAGCAGGGGCAGCAGCGCCGGAACGGGAGGCGGAAGGGCGGCGUAACCUGCGGCGAGCGAUCAUGGGACGGCUGAAGCGCACAGCCCACAGCUGGAAAGAGGGGUUCAGUGGGGGGAGAGCAGGUGCGGAAGAGAGGGAGAGGGAGAGGGAGAGAGUAAGGAGUGGGAGGAGUGGGAAGAAGCGAGCUGGGUCGGACGACUUGAGCUGUGUGCGGGAGGGGAGUGCGGUGGAGUGGAGUCAUGCGGAGUCCAGUGCGGUGGGAGGCUCGCUGCUGCGGCUGAGGAGUCACGAAAUCCGAUCCCUGGAUUGGGGAGGGGAGAGUGGGGAGGAAGCUGGGCCAAAGGGGCAGCAGCAUCUGAGGGAUAUGGAAGAUGGAGAAGAGGAAAAAUUGGAGGGGAGGGAGGGGGUGCAUGAUCGGAAGAGAUCCGAGGAUGUAGGGUUUGGGAGUGUGGAGAGUGCACGGAGUGUGGAGAGUGACGAAGAAGGGGAGGAGGAUGAGGAGGAGGAGGGGGGGCUGGAUGAGGCUAGGAGAGUGAGGAUGGAGCAGCAGAUGAGGGCUAUGCUGCAGGAAGAGGAGAGCGGCGAGCAAGGGGACGGAACGGGAAGAGGCGCAGUGGGUGCAGCCGGAUGGGAUGCAGGAGCAGGGAGAGAAGGUGUCGCCGCGCUCCGCGCGUGCUGCUGCUGCGCGCUUCUUCCCCAGAGGCGCCUCUGUGGGCUCCGCUGCUCCCUCGGCGCUGGGAACAGGGUCACAGCACGCCAGGGAAUCCCCCACUGCCUCUCCCACGUCUGA